CCACGCCUGCGCAAAUCCCCUCCCUUCCCCGAGCAGGCUUGCUGGUCUAGCAUUCAACGGUCCUUUUGUUGACUGGCCAGGAUUUUCCUCCGGCGCACGCAGUACAUGCCUCGUCUUUGUACAAGGGAACGAUCCGUCGCGUGACUUCCUUCUGCUGCGUGCCGGCCUCGCAAAAACGACCAGCCUAAGCCCCUCUCUCCGUUUUUAAACUCCGCACGAGUUGUACACGCGGCGCUGCGCACGCCCAUUCUCUGCUCCCUUCCUCCUAUCUUUGCAAGAGAAACUCUCUCCCUCUCCCAAGAUCGAUCGAUACUCUCGUCGUCCUAACCCUGCACCUGCACGUUGAAGAUCCUGUGAACCGGGAACUCAUUGCAAAAUCGUUCCAGCUCUUGGAGGAGGAGGAGGAGAAGGAGAAGAAGAAGAAGAAGAGGAAGAGGAAGAAGCGAGCCAUGAAAGAGCUGGAUAAGGCAGCGCAAGCUGCCGUGCGUGAAAUCAACCGCAAACUGCAACAGCAGCUUAGGAACGACUGGGAAUUUCCAGACCCUUCCGCUUUACCACAAGGCGUGCCACCUCUGCAAAACCAGGAUCCGGAUAUCUCUCCUGCUUCUCAUGGCAGUGCGAGUCCUCCAAGAACGCCAGAGAAUGGUCCGAAUUUGAGGGAGAGAUAUUAUGGGACAACAGACGAUUCAUCGGAUGAAGAAGCGCAUAUGAUUGAGAGCAUGUAUGCGUUUGACUCACCAGACACUGUGGGGGACGAGAUCGACAGGAAGGUCACUGCGAGAAGGAAAAGAAGGAAGAAGGAAUUGCAGGAAGAAUUGCAGUACAAUCCCGGUCUGUGCUUCUUUCUAAGAAGAAGAAAUGCGUGGACUGGUGCCGUUCCGAAGACGAGAAUCAAGCACGCGGCAGAAGUACCGCAACACCUGCCAGCGACGAGUUCGGAUUCGAGUCCCAUAGGCACCCCGCUUUCCGUGUCUUCGGUGCCCGCAGAAAAUGCAACAGGAUCUAUGGAGGGUGUUGAAAACACCUCAACUUCGCACACGGAUUCAAUCACCAGCAUUUCACCUUGGAUACCUCCCUCACACGCACCAAUCUUCCAACCUCCAAAAGAUCCCGACUCAUUAAUUGAUGUCCUGAUCCCUCUCGCUCCACCUUUAAUACCACCUUCGAACCCUGUGCGUAUGUCCCUCACCUCACGCUCGCAAUCAGAGCUCUACGGGAAAAUCGUGCGAGAUUCAAGGACACCAGCCAUUCCCAUCAAUCUGGCGGACAUGACACGCAUCAUCGUACAAGGAUGGAAAGACGAAGGCAAUUGGCCACCGCGAGGGACGGCUCCAGAGCCCAGCAUUGCCUCGAAGCGGGGAGCUCCUAAUGCGGGAAAUAAAUUUGCCAGAUCCAAACGGGAUGACGGUAUAUUAGCAAACCAUCCUCAUUUGCAACGGGGCGUUGAGGGUAUGAAGAGGGUAUUUCGGCUCAGCAACGGAAGUCAUCAUGACUCCGAUGGAUCCAAAGCCGCAAACGCUCCCGUGAGUCCUAAAAGUCCCAAAUACGAUCUGUCGGGUGCUUUUAGAAGCCAUUGAACAAAGGAAUCACGCAGGAUUCACGAAAUUCGAUGAAUAAGGAUCCUUGACUCAGUACUGUGGAAAAGAAUUUCGAUUGUUAAAGCGAAAAGAACGUGAGAGUGAGCUUUUUCCGCUCCUUCUCCCUGCGGAACUGGAAAUAUCUUUCCUCGAAUGAACCCUGCCAUGUUCCACAUUCGAGCACUUUUCUUCGACCAUGUAUCCAAUCACACAAUUUGUUCGAGUGACCGCGGUCAGCUCCAUAAUUUAAGUACCUCUGCUCAUUCUCUGCGAGAGGGCAGGAUGAGCCUUGCCCGUCUAUCAGAGCUGCUCUUGCUCAACGCCGUCCUCAAUUUCUGGUUGGUCUCGGUAUGGGGUUUCUGCGCUGGUGUAUUCCAGGGCACGUCUUUCGGCACCAUCUUCUUCCCUAUUCAAGGCCUGAGCCUCUUCAGACCAUGAUACCCCUCGAGUUUGCAUGUAGAUAACAAUUACCUAUCCAUGAGCGUAAGCAUACUUUGAAGAUUAAUGCUAGUUUGAACAUUGA